AUAUAAUAUAUAUAUACAUAUAUUCAAACCUUUUAGUAGUGCAUUAAAAGACAUUAAUAAAAAUUUUAAUUAAACUUAGCAAAGAGCGUUGUGAAUUUAAUACAAAAAAAAACUUCAACUAAAACUAAACUUAACUAAAACCAAGUGGAAGCAUCAACUAAAAUAUGGUCUAUUAGUAGUUUUUAACAGUAAAUUUUCAAUGCAACUUUUAAACGAGCUUCAGCGCAAACGAAUUGCAAAACACAAACCAACAACAUUCACCUUAACCUUAAACUUGGAAUAAACAAACAAUCGACAAAAAAAACACACACACCAAAAAAAAUUUGGACGCCGACGCCGACGGCGACUGUGACUGCGACAACGACAGCGACCUUGUCGUGCAUUUGCAUUUAGCUUUUUGGGCUAUUGCACAAUAGAGGGCGCCACACGCUAACUGCUGGCCGUCAUGACAGGAAGUGAGUGGGCAGAAAAAUGCAGGAAAUGAGCUACCUGCAGGAUAAUUCCAAAUUGGAGGCACUCACCAAAGCCGUACUCAUCUCCAUACUGGGCGUGGCAAUUGUAUUAUCCAAUUUACUAAUCAUCGCCACGUAUGCAAACUUCAAAGGUCCCACAGAGGUCAUCAACUACUAUCUGCUCUCAUUGGCCAUCGCGGACUUGCUAUGCGGCCUGCUCGUUGUGCCCUUCUCAGUCUAUCCCGCUCUAACGGGCGAAUGGAUGUACGGCGACAUCGUGUGCCGUUUCACCGGCUACCUGGAGGUGACGCUGUGGGCCGUAUCGGUCUACACGUUCAUGUGGAUCUCGGUGGAUCGCUAUUUGGCCGUGCGCAAGCCGUUGCGCUACGAAACGGUGCAGACGAAGACGCGCUGCCAGUGCUGGAUGGUCUUCACAUGGAUAUCGGCGGCGCUGUUGUGCUGCCCGCCGAUACUCGGCUACACGCAGCCGAUAGUCAAUAAUCUAUCGCACAUCUGCAUGCUCGACUGGGGAAACAUGGCGGCAUACAGCGCUACGCUGGCGAUACUAGUGUUAGGUCCCAGCUUAAUAUCGAUAGUACACAACUAUGGCUACAUAUUUGUAAUGAUGCGUAAGAUACGAUCGGGCGAGCCGAUACAUGAUAAAGAAUAUGCAACAGCAUUGGCUGAAAAUUUAUCGAACCCUAGUCAUAUGAUGUCAUUCGCAUUAGUCUUUGCAUUCUGGAUGUCCUGGCUGCCAUGGAUAUUAUUGCGACUAUACGAGGUGGUCAUGGGCGAGGUUAUCCAAAAUACUCUUAUCAAUUUCGCUGUCGUCUGGAUUGGCAUAUUGAAUUCGUUUUGGAAAAUUUUGAUAAUGUGCAGCAUGUCGCCCCAAUUUCGUAUCGCAUUGAGAGUAUUUUGUUUAACCAUUUGUUGUAAGACUAAGGGCAGAUUGCAAGCGGAGCUAAUCGGGUUGGACCCAGAUGACUAGAGCCGUUAAAUUUUCAAGUAUAAAUUGGUUGUAAAAUGCAUCUCUCUCAAUAUAUAUAUAUAUAUACACACAUAUAUAUAUAGAUAUAUGUGAAAUUCAUCUAUAUAUAUAUAUAUAGUUGCCCUACUAACUGAACCGUACUUGCCUCUAGGCCACAUGGUUGCAUAUUUAAUGGAGUGGCGGGCAGUACGUCUACCCCCACUUCCACUACUCCCAAUACCCAGAACCCACUAAUAACAACAACAAAGAGAACACGAACACGAACAUCUAAACAGAUUUGAAAGACAUAUUCAUUUAGUAGAUCGUAAGCUUUACAAUUUAGUAAGAGAUUUUUAAGCAUAAACGAAAAGAAUUAUGUUACGAAUUCGAGAAAUUUAUUGAUAUAUAUGUAUAUGUAUUAUUGUGUAUUUAUGAGCUUAUAUCUGUAUGUAUAUAGCGUGAUACAUAUCUAGCUAUAUACCCAUAUAGACAACAAAAUCGAUAAUCGAUAGACGAUCAUCGAUAAUAAUAACUAAUGCCUAGUCUACUUCUGUAUUCAACUUAUAUCACAACAAAAUUCUAUUUCUGUUCUAUUUGACCGCAGUUCCGUUACCACUUCCGUUUCCGUUUCAGCCCGCAACUCUAUUAAAAAAAAAAUAAAUAAAUAAACAAAACAAGAAAUAUCUAGACGCUUGGCGUUUAAAGCUUUCGAAAAGUCCAUAUUCAGUAGCAUUCUAGAACCUAGUUUAAAUACUUAACUUAAUAAAUGCCAAAGAGGGAAAUGGAGAGAGAUACCAAGUGGGCGGGGCAUUGUGAGCGUAGUUAAAAGUUUGUAGUUCCACAAGUUCCACGCGCUCCACACGUUCCACAUCGAUAAACUUUAACAGAACUUAGCUCAGAAAUCGAAAAACACAUUUCCAGUAGAAUUAGCGCUAAAUAAAUAUAAUUGAAACAAAAUAAAUAAAAAUGAGAGUAUCGGCGAGGGUAGUCUGAAGAAUUCGUGACUGCAAAUAUAUAUAUUAAAUGUAUAUUAACUUGAAUGCAAUUUUUUUUUAUUUUUCCCCUUCGAAAGUCGUAAAAUUUUCAGACUUGCCUCGUUUAUAUAUUUAGUUUGUAGUUCAGAUAUACACAUAUACUACUAUAUAUAUAUCUAAUGCAUACAAAUCGUAAAAUAUAGUUGAUUAAUAAUUAUAGUUAAUAUAGUUUAAUAUUAAUUUAGUGUUAAUUAGUUGAAUUCACAUCAUGAAUUAUGUAUUAUAUAAACACACAGACACACACACAUAUUACUAUAUAGAUUAACUCGUUUUCUGAAUUGACUGGCGGCACUUAAGCAAAUCCUGGCCACAGAUUUUCAACAGACUGUUGCAAUUUUGCCUAGUUCCCUUAGUGGGUUAAAUUCAGUUUCUAUGAUCUGCGCCGUCUUUUGCUUACGUGCAGCCAGUAUUUGUUGUUAUUAACUCUUAUUGUGAGCACACACACAGAGACAUACGACAUACGUAUAUGAAUUCAUUGUAAAUUCAUUUGCAAUCAUUUAUUAAUGUUAAUUUUACAAAAUGUUAUCGAGAUUUUUUGGCAUGUAAGCAGUGGAAAAAUUGUUAAGAGUAAUAUAUGUAUAUACGUAUAUAUAAAUUAUAUAUAUAUAUGUAUAUGUGAUCAAAAAAUUGAGUGCAGUAAAUUAAAGAGUAAAUGGAAAGGUAAA